GCGGUGCCCGCAGCGGCGAUGCGCGGGCGGGCGGCAGCGGGCGCACAUGGCCAGGGUCGGCGUUUUCUGCCUGUCGUGGCGCUCGGUGGGACCGUGCCCGGGGCCGCGGCAGCGCCCGGCUGCGCUGGGGCUCGCUCUCCUCUUAGGGCUGCUGCUGCUGCUGGCGGCCGUCGUGCCCCGCCGCUGGGCCGCGCCGCCCCGCGCCUCCCGGCGGGACGAGAGGUACCUGGCGCGGGCGCAGGAGCUGACGGCCACGGACACCGAGGACUCGUCCCUUAAUUACGGCGUGGUGGUGGACUGCGGGAGCAGCGGCUCCCGGGUUUUCGUCUACUUCUGGCCCCCGCACAACGGGAACCCCCACGACCUGCUGGACAUCAAGCAGAUGAGGGACCGGAGCAGCCGCCCGGUCGUCAAGAAAAUCAAACCCGGCAUCUCCGUGACCGCGGCAGCCCCCGAGCAGGCGACCCCGUACCUGCGGCCGCUGCUGCGGUUCGCGGCAGCGCACGUCCCGCCGCGGAAGCACAAGGAGACGCCGCUGUACAUCCUGUGCACGGCCGGCAUGCGGCUGCUGCCCGAGCGUCAGCAAGCUGCAAUCCUGGAAGACUUGGUGACAAAUGUGCCCCUGGAGUUUGAUUUCCUCUUCUCCAAAUCACACGCAGAAGUGAUCUCAGGGAAACAGGAAGGUGUCUAUUCGUGGAUUGGCAUCAACUUUGUCCUGGGACGGUUUGAUCAUGAGGAUGAGGAGGAUGCAGUGGUCACUGUAGCACUCGGGGACCAGGGGAAGUCCCUGGUUCGGAAACGAACUGUUGGGAUCCUUGACAUGGGAGGCGCCUCCCUGCAGAUUGCCUACGAAGUGCCCGACUCCGGAGCCAUCUCCUCCCCACAGCAGCAGGACGAGGCUGCUAAGAGCUUGCUGGCAGAAUUCAACCUGGGCUGUGACGUGCAGCACGCUGGCCACAUGUACCGUGUCUACGUCAACACUUUCCUGGGCUUCGGGGGCAAUUUUGCCCGGCAGCGCUAUGAGGGACUCGUGCUGAACCAAACCUAUGCUCACAACCGGCUACAGGGAGGCCCCUCCUACUGGCUUUUGGCUUUUCCUACUCUGACUUCCCCAUCUCCAGCACCGAUUCACUCAGCACAUCUUUCCAUUGCAUCCCCACCUCGAGCUCUCCUGUCUCCUGUCUCUCCUUUCCUUCCAAGAGCACUACACGAAGCUGUCACCAGAGUUGGAGGCUUGGUGCCCAGCCUGCACAACCAGCAGACAGGGCUGAACCCCAAGAUGCCCUUCUUGGACCCCUGCCUGCCUGUGGGGCUGGAGGACACGGUGGUGAGGAGUGGCCAAACCCUGUACAUCAGGGGACGAGGGGACUGGCAGGCCUGUGCAAAGCUGCUGCAGCCCCUCCUGGCAGGGUCCAAUGGCAGCUAUGCCUCCCUGGUGGAGACCUACAAAGCACCCAUCGACUUCAGCAACAGCGAGUUUUACGGCUUCUCGGAGUUCUUCUACUGCACCGAGGACGUGCUGCGCCUGGGGGGCCAAUACAGUGCUCCCACCUUCACCUCUGCUGCCCAGGAGUACUGCAGCCAGCGCUGGGAGGUGCUGACGCAGCGUUUCCGUGGUGGUCUCUACUCGGCGCAUGCUGACGAGCACCGGCUGAAGUAUCAGUGCUUCAAAUCAGCCUGGAUGUACCAAGUCCUUCACGAGGGCUUCCAGUUCCCGCUGGACUACCCCAGCCUGCGCACAGCCCAGCUGGUGUACGACCGGGAGGUGCAGUGGACCCUGGGAGCCAUCCUCUACAAGACGCGAUUUCUGCCACUCAGGGAUCUCCGUCAGGAGAGCAUCCGGCAAGCACACGGCUCCUGGCUGCGCCUCUCUUUUGUCUACAACCACUAUCUCUUCUUUGCCUGCAUCCUGGUCGUGGCGCUGGCCAUCGUCCUCUACCUCCUGCGGCUGCGCCGCAUCCACCGCCGGCAGCUGCGCUCGGCCCAGCACACCCUGCUCUGGCUGGACAAGGUGGUGGUGCCGCUGGGCCAGGGAAGCGUGCCGUGAUGCCAGAGGUACCCAGCGUCCAGUUGCACCAGCAGAACUAGGACUGGCUGACAGCCUGGGCUCUGAGAGCUUAGACUCCUUCUUAAAGACCGUCUCAAAGUCUGCACUCCAUCGCCUCUGCAGCAGAACCGGAGUCCAGGGGCUGAGGCAGCUAUGGACACGAGAGCUUUCCUCUCCACCUUGCCCCAGUCCUAAUCUUUGCAUUCCUUGGCCUCUGGCCUUUGCCUCACUACAUGGUGUAGAGCAAAGUCCUCUGCUACCAGCAGGCUCAAGGCUGCAGCCCUGGCAGAUCCCUCAGAUAACAGGACACUAUCACUGAGGCAGCCAAGCCAGGGCUCUGGCCUGAAGUACUGAGCCACCCCAUGACUCAGCCGCCAGUUUGCUGAGCAACCUGGUGAGGUGCUGUGGUUCAUCACCUGGGGUGGCCGUCUGCAGGCCCUGGCAAGCCUGGAGCUUGGAGAACAGCAGGCACCAGCUAAAUUACUGCAGGAACAAGGUAAACUGUGAGAUCCACCAGGCUGCUCUGCCCAACCUGGCCCCUCUUGGAGUAUUCCUGAAGGGGUGUCCUGCUCUUUACUAUGUCUUCCCUCUGAGGACAAUCCUACAGUCUUGCUCAACAUCCCAGACUGAGCCCUGAGGGCUCACUGAUUGAUUUUUUGAGGCACCACCAAAGUGGGCUGUCUUUCCUUUCACACAUUCAUUCCCUCCUGGGCACAGCUGCCCUGUGCUGUCCCAGGCACUAGCAUCAGGAGCUGUGGUUCUUUCCUCCAUGAGGGUGGGCUGGGCCUGCCCCUGGGAGAGCCACCUCAGUCCAGCCCAGCUCAUGGCCCCAGGACAGGCCAGGGCUGAGCUGUGCACACAGGCACAAACAUUCCCCGGGGCUGGAGCCCCACCGAUGGUCCAAUGAAGUUUGUCACUUUUCUGAACUCUGCUGUUCCCAUUCCUGUAGCAAUAAACAAACCCCUUGAGCCAUCCA